CAGACGCUUUAUUUCCCUCCUUUUGUGGUCGUGCCUGUGAGCAUGGUGUGAUUAAAGAGAAACGGUUUGAAGCAGCUUGGGCGUGGAUAUGUACGUCAGACCAUGCUAAGCUAAGUUAGCAUGUUGUUGAGACUCCUAGCUUACAUAAUAUCGGAAUACGACAGUAUUCCAAGGCGAACUAAGUUCAUCCUGACUCAUCAGAAGUUGCUUUUUAGGGGUCUUCGUGGCCCAGGAGAGAGAGGAGGAUGCAUCGCGGCGGGGAUAAAGACUUUCAAACAUCAGCGAGGAAGAUGGGAACAUCAUUGCUUUUCCAACUUUCAGCACAUGAACGUGAGCUGGAUUUAGUUUGCUUGGAUCACAGCUAUGCCAAGCCGUGGAAUGCCCACCCUGAUGCCAGCAGUGCAAGGCCAACCAGGACACUCUUUGUGACCCCACGGCGCCAAACUGAAUCAUUAUCAGAAGCUGAUCCAUUAAUAGACGUGGACGGUGUUGUUCCUUCCCCUCUUCCUUUAUAUGAUAAUCAGAAGGCUUUAAGUGUGAUGAAGGAAUGUGAGCGGCAUGUACUGUUUGCUCGCACCCUUGCUGAUGGUCCACCGCCUCCCGACGACUGGGAAGAACAUAUAAACAAGAGUGGAUGGUCUGUACCUCAAAACAAAUUAUUUAAUAAAGUGCUCAAAGCUCUGCAAGCUGAAAGGCUUGCACGUCUAGCAAAUGAAAACGCAUCCAAUGAACCAAUAUUGAGGCGGAUAGCUGUAGACAAAUGUGCCCGAAAGGUGCGGCACGCACUUGCUAGUGUCAACUGGGAAACCAAAUUGACGCAAUGGCUACACAAUACGAUGGUUGAAUCAUUGAGUCUUGCCAUGCUGGCCGCAUAUUUGGAUGUGCUGCAGACCCUAAAAAGCAAGUUACCCUCGCUGAUCGAUAGGAUGCUUCUGAGCACCUCUGGAAAAACGAACACACCAAGUGCCGAGGCCUUGUCGUUGCUACUCAAACGUCCCUGGGAUCCAGCAGUGGGGGUUUUGUCUCAAAACAAACCAACCAAGCUUCCCGGGUCUCCCCUCAUUCUCAUUGCCCCGUCAUGUCCCACCAAUCCUGCCCUUCCAACUUCUCGACGAAUGAGAUUCUGGCAGUCACAGCUCUCCUGCUUGGGAAAGGUCAUUCCAGUUCACACUCAUGUCAACAGCAACUCCAGCAUUAGUGUAACGCAGUGUCUUGAGCACAUGCUGGGUACUGUCAGAGCCAAAGUCAUGGAGGUUCACAGUCACUUCCCCCACAAACCAAUUGUCUUGGUUGGCUGGAAUGCUGGUGCACUAAUUGCUUGUCAUGUAUCCCUCAUGGAGUAUCUGACUGCGGUUGUUUGUCUUGGCUUUCCGCUGCUUUCAGUAAAUGGGCCACGAGGGGAUGUGGAUGACCCCCUGCUGGACAUGAAGACCCCGGUGCUGUUUGUGGUUGGUCAAAAUGCACUACAGUCCACCAUUGAAGGCAUGGAGGAGUUCAGAGAGAAGCUGAGGGCCGAUAACAGCAUGGUGGUGGUGGGAGGAGCAGACGACAACAUCCGAAUAAGUGCAGCAAAGAUGAAGUCCGAGGGCCUGACUCAAACUAUGGUGGACCGUUGUGUCCAGGAUGAGAUUGCAGAUUUCUUGUCAGGUGUACUCAUUAGGCCAGAGAGUCACAGCCACGCUGCAGGAGAGAUGAGGGACCUGGAUACAGAGAAGAAGAAGAGAUCAAGACGAGAGCUUCCUUUUGACAUUGAGAGAGGACGGCCUUCUUCCCCUGCACUUCGGCUUCCCAUUUCCCCAUCUGGAUCAGAGGACCUAUCCAGUGUGUGCAGCAGCCCCACAUCAAGUCCUAAAACCAAGACUACAGGAUUAUCUCCAGCACAAAAGUCCAGCCUGAUCACAGCCACUCAGCUCCUCAAGACUCACAUGCAGCGCUCUGGCACCGUAUUGUCCCACAAGCAAGCCCAAGCUCAGUUUGCUGCUUUUAUGAAACAAAACAUGCUUGUGAGGAAAAAUCUUCCUCCCGGUACUCCUCCUUGUAUUUUUGUGCCUGUGACCAGUGAUCAGAUGGAGGGCCUGGAGAGGGAUGAGAUGAGACCCCACGGCAAGAGGAGGCAGACCCCGAGCCCAACCCCAAGCAAGGCUUCGAAGAGGGCAAAGAUUAAGGUCACCAUUGUUUCUCAGAGUGAUACUGCUGGAGGAACCAUCAGCACUUCACAAGACGGAAAACCCAUUGGUGUAGCUAUUGGACAAACUGUACCUGGAGCCAAAGAACUCUCUGGACUUCUCACCGGCCAACGGUCUGGUAGUCUCUCAGAGGUAUCUGGUGCCCUGUCCCCAGGCUCCAGCGUACAGCAUUGCAUGGUGUCAGGGUCCUCCACACCAGUCCAGGCGCAAGCUCCGGCCCAAGGUUCUUCCGCCAGCAGUCUGCUACAAGGCCUAAGUUUCAGUCUUCAGGAGAUCGUCACCAAAGCCUCUAGUUUUCCCUCCACAUCAUCCCUCACAGGUGGAACACAGGUGAUCUGUGGGAAGCCUCAGGGUCCGCUCCUGAGCUCUGUUGCCACCAGCGGCAGCAGCACUCUGCUCCGGGCAGUGCCUGUGGUCACAGGAGGAAUGGCUAAGACUACUGCAAUCCACCAGCUCCUCACAAACGGGGGACUGGCCAAACUUGCCAGCAGUUUGCCGGGCUUGGCCCACAUCACCAGCCACACAGCCGGGCAGAAAGCCCCCACAUCUAUUACCGUGACUCUGCGAGGAGCACAGGCACUCAGUGAAGCAUCUCCCAGCCAAGUUGAGGGUGCGACUCCUCCUGGGACACAUGAGCCCAAGUGAUCAUGAGGAUUUCUUACACAACAGAAGGAAACAGUGAAUGGUCACAGACGUAUCUGCCUGCUACUGCACUUGCUCCUGCAACGCCAGCUCUGUGGCCUCAUGGGAACCUGCAUCUCAGUGAGGAGGAUGUUUUGUGUUUUCAACAGUAUUUGCAUAUGUUUGCGCCCAAGUUAGCAUCACUGUAAUUGUCUGUAAUUACUAUCUGUCAUUUGACGAACCCCUCGCAGCUGGUAACAAGAGAGGCUCCCCCACUCUGAUCAACACCCGUCCAUCACACACAGACCAAAAAAUGUCAACCAUAUUCAACUGCAGCUUUAACAUGCAGCUGCAAUGGAGAGCAAUUUCCUCCUGAGAAUGAAUGAGGUAAUUCUGAUGCUGAUUCGGAUCAAAUUAAAACCUUAAAACGUGGGAGUGGAUGGACAACAUUCCUCACCCACUGUUAUAUAAUAACAAAAGAUUAUGUCAUUCUGUGUGAUGUCUCCCCCACACAGGGAGGCAGGGAUGGCAAACAGGAAAUAUCUAAUAGGAAAAUCUUAUUGGUCAUGAGUCAACAGCUCCAACAGUUUGCUUGAAAAAAUCAUUACAAAACUAGACGCUCGCUCUUGGGGUGAUUCAUAAAAUCUUCCUCACCUGCAAUGAUGCUACACAGGAUGAAUCAGUAGUUAUGUUGUGCCUUUGUUCUCACCUAAGUCCCUCAGAAUUAAAUUCAUGAUAACAAUGAUAAAACCUUUUGCUUUGGUCGUGAUACAUGUAAACAGUCCAAAAACGUUUCUCAUGAAUUCAACUAAAUGUUCCAUAGGUUUGUACGGAGCCCUGGAAGUGACAUGCACCAGUUUAUUUAUUUUUUGGAUGUGACAUGCACAACUUCUUUUUUUUUUUUCCUCUAACAGACAUAUGAUUCGCAUCUCAUAUCAACUAUUCUCACCUCUGUGUUUGGGUGCACAUUGUCUCCUGUGUUCGCAUAAAUUCAAUAUCUUGCAUUAUUAAAUGAUUUAAAUAUUCUAAUAACCUGCUAUUUUGCUAUUUCUAUGUUUUUUUCCCCUGGGUUUCCACAUAUAUAAUGGCAUUACAUUCCAGAUAACCUUUUCCAUCUGCGUUAUCAGCCUCAUUAAUAGGUUUGAAAAAUCAAAAACAUUUCCAGUUAAACUCAACAUAUCUCACAAUGUGCUUGUACGAGAAUAUUUUUUUUGUAUUUUGCUUUUAACAGUUUAUCCUGUGAUGAAAAUGGGCAAAGUAUUGGCUGUGACUGCUUUGGCACAUCAUGCUAUCUUCAAGGACCAAAUAGCAGAAACGUAAAUAACUCGCGUCAUACGAAAUGUAAUACUAUCUUUGCACUUUUUGUGAACUAUCUCUGUGAUGUUUGAA